AGGACACACUUGUCUUGGUUGGCGUGAUGCCAUCGUCCCAUCAUAUUUCAUCCUCCCUAAUUAUAAAGGAGUUUCACGACCCUGCCGUCAUGUUUAUCAGGCCUGUACACUUCUAUUAGAGAACAGACAUCCAGAGGUGGAUGGACAGGAGGACACCACUGGUCUCUAGGGUCUCCUGCUAGGUCCACCACCGGAAGGUUCUGAUGAGGUGCUACCCAGGACAUAACACUGGACACGGUGUGCUGAGAGAUACACACCGGAAGGUUCUGAUGAGGUGCCUCCCAGGACAUAACACUGGACACGGUGUGCUGAGAGAUACACACCGGAAGGUUCUGAUGAGGUGCCUCCCAGGACAUAACACUGGACACGGUGUGCUGAGAGAUACACACCGGAAGGUUCUGAUGAGGUGCUACCCAGGACAUAACACUGGACACGGUGUGCUGAGAGAUACACACCGGAAGGUUCUGAUGAGGUGCCUCCCAGGACAUAACACUGGACACGGUGUGCUGAGAGAUACACACCGGAAGGUUCUGAUGAGGUGCUACCCAGGACAUAACACUGGACACGGUGUGCUGAGAGAUACACACCGGAAGGUUCUGAUGAGGUGCUACCCAGGACAUAACACUGGACACGGUGUGCGGAGGGAUACACACCGGAAGGUUCUGAUGAGGUGCUACCCAGGACAUAACACUGGACACGGUGUGCGGAGGGAUACACACCGGAAGGUUCUGAUGAGGUGCUACCCAGGACAUAACACUGGACACGGUGUGCUGAGGGAUACACGCUGGACGGUUCUGAUGAGGUGCUACCCAGGACAUAACACUGGACACGGUGUGCGGACGGUUCUGAUGAGGUGCUACCCAGGACAUAACACUGGACACGGUGUGCGGACGGUUCUGAUGAGGUGCUACCCAGGACAUAACACUGGACACGGUGUGCGGACGGUUCUGAUGAGGUGCUACCCAGGACAUAACACUGGACACGGUGUGCGGACGGUUCUGAUGAGGUGCCUCCCAGGACAUAACACUGGACACGGUGUGCGGACGGUUCUGAUGAGGUGCCUCCCAGGACAUAACACUGGACACGAUGUGCUGAGGAAUACCACCGUGGCUUUGCCUUCCAUUCAUCCCAUACAGCUCAACAAUUAGAUGUCAUACCAGCAGCUCAGGUUUCAUGGUUUAUGGUUCAUUCUGUUUGCGUGUGUCUGCGUCACGGCUGAGGAGCCUGAUACUUCCAGCAUUGAAACUAGCAGAGGCAGAAAUCCCAGAGCAAAAGCCGCUAUUUCUGUCCCAUAUCCUGUUUCAUACUCUCUCUCAUGCUGCACACGGGCACCAGUCAUGCCCACUUUAGUCUGUGUUUGACCUGUCUAUGAUGUCAGAUUAGGGUGUCCCCAGAUUCCCAAUACUCUAGAGAGUCAAGUUUAGACGAGUCAUACACCAGCAGACUGGGGGCUGAGCAUUAUGUCUUCCCUAUAUGACUACAACUACGGCUGUCUGUACUACGGCUGUCUGUACUACGACUGUCUGUACUACGGCUGUCUGUACUACGACUGUCUGUACUACGGCUGUCUGUACUACGACUGUCUGUACUACGGCUGUCUGUACUAUGACUGUCUGUACUAUGGCUGUGUAUACUAUGGCUGUAUAUCCUAUGGCUGUAUAUACUAUGGCUGUAUAUACUAUGGCUGUAUAUCCUAUGGCUGUAUAUCCUA